AAAAAAACAAAACAAAACAAAAACUAUGAAUUGAACAGGAAGUGAGAAAGAGAAAAAUGGAAGUGAGCAAAGGGAAGGGCUCCCUGGAACUUGCCGAAACAAGCCUUCAUCGAGAGUUAUUGGAUUCGUCUUCUUUGUGACUCACUGGUGCUUCAAUGGCAUCAUCUGCAAUAAAUGCCGGUGCCCUGGUGACUUUACAAGAGCUAAACUCUGCUUCUCCACACUUCAAGCAAGGGGCCUCACUUCGUGUUACUGGAAAGCUGCAAGAUUAUUCUGUAGAGACUGCACUUGCUGUAAUCAUCGAUGAAACUGCCUCCCUCAAAAUUGACACCCAGCAUUUAAAUGUCAAUCUUCGAGUUGGAUCUAUCUACCAGUUCAUCGGAGAACUCGUCAUUCAACCCAAUAAUGAGGGAAUCUUGAAGGCACGAGUGGCUAGGAAUGUAGAUGGUAUUGACCUCAACCUCUAUCACCAGUCUCUGAAGCUCUUGAAAGAGUUUAUAUCUGAUCAAAUGAGUAAUCAUGCACCAUAGAACUGUGUGCGUGUGAAUGUUUUGGUUAAGGCGGAAAUGAUAAUUCAGAAACAGAUUUUACUUCCUAUGCAAAAGAUUUGUGAUAUUGUGGUGAACUGACCUUUUUGUGAAAUUGGAGUACGCGGCACCCUAAUUUUACUGCUACAAUCAUGAUGGUUCUUCAAGAUGUGGAAAUAUGGUGUUCAGCAAGAGUUGAUUGAGUUACCAAGUUGUUUGUGAAUGAGAAUUUGGUACCAUCCUCCUUUUUUUUCCCUUUUUAUUUUAUUAUCAUUUUUUACUAUCGAUUGUAUUCAUGUCUCCUGCUUUAAUUUUACCAGAAUGGAUUAAGCUCGUCUGUAGUGAGAUUAUUCCAAUGAUGUUCAGUGACAAUUAGAUGCUGCUGGUGCAGACAUGUUUCUGUUAUGAUUGAAUAGAUUGUUUUUGGUCACUGGAAAUGAUCCCAAUUCAAUAGUAGAUUGCUUCA